CGUACGCGAAAGCUCUCUAUUCUCAGUGGGAAAGGAGGACAGUCGGACGGAGAUGAUCGUCAAACAUGGUGGUUCUCAACUUCACACUCACGCCUGAGGCGGCGUCCAAAGUCCAUGACCUUCUUGUCUGCCUUGGAAAGUUCAGCGACACAGUCGCCAUCGAAGCACGUCGAGAGAGGUUCACAUUCACCGCUCUCAAUCCAUCCAAGUCUGCCUACGCUCAAGUCACUCUUGACGGCAAGCUGUUCUUCACACAAUAUGAGUGUAUACCUAGCCACGGUGGGCCUGAUGGUCGAUUUACGUGCAGUAUGUAUACGAAGGCGCUGCUGUCUGUAUUCAAAGGGCGUCUAUAUGAUCCUCUAGGUCGUGACGGUGCUAUAGACCGCUGCGAGGUCAGUGUUCAAGAGCGGGAAAACGAAACGCAGUGCCGAUUUAUCGUGAAGAUGGUCUGCAAUCAGGGCGUUAUCAAGACGUACAAACUUACGUACGAGGCGGUCGAUGUCAUGCAUGCGCUGUUCGAUCGGAACGUAGCCCGCAACACAUGGAGUAUGCAUUCAGGCGCUGUGAAAGAGUACAUCGAGUAUUUCGGCACGAAGACGGAAAUGCUUGACAUUUCUGCAGGAGAAGACGGACGGUGUGUGUUCAAAAGCUACACGGAAAAGAUCUCGAACGGGAAAGAGAUACUUAAGCAUCCACUGGCUACAGCUGUAGCAGUCAAUACCUCCGAUUUUGACGACUUCAACGUCCAAGCAGGGCUACACAUUAUCAUCAGCGUCAAGGACUUCAAAGCUAUUGUCGUCCAUGCGGACACACUCAAGACAAGCUUGAAGGCAUAUUACUCCCAGCCGACGCGACCGCUGCAGUUCAGCUACGGAUGUGAUAGCUUACUCUGCGAAUUCACGCUCAUGACAUCCGGCGAUCAUACCGCCGCACCACCAACAUCCACACCAGUGCCCCAAGUCCUAAGCAGACAGACCUCGCACACCCCAUCCACAACAACCGAGCGUACAGAAACUCGCAGCAUACGAUCUGACAUGCCUCCACCCGUCGAGCCAGCAUCGCGACGCGACCGGUCCGGUCGGCUGCGUUACCCAGGCUCUCGACAGAACUCAUCAGCAGCGCAACCCCAGAAGUCAUGGCCGGAAUCUGAAAGUCUGUUCGUCUCUGAGGGUGCUCAAGGGCAAGAUGAGCAGGAUGAACAGGAUUUGGCGUGGGAACCAUUAGACUACGAGAAGGAAGAGACAUUGGGCUGGGAUGCAAGUGCAGAUCAUGAUGCGUCGGUGUUUCCAACGUUCCAGGAUAGUGGUAGCAUGUCGAGGACGAGUAUGGCGGACAGUAAUGAGGUGCUUGAACCAACGCAACGGGUGUCGCAGAUUAAAGGGUUGUGGUAAAUGUAUUAUUCACUUAGCUAUGUUGUACCAUACAAAUCUGAGAUGAAAGAAGAUUCACC